AACAGGAAAGCAAAAAUGGAAAUAUUUCAUAAACACAAGGGUGAAGGUAAAAUCAGAAUUUCCCAUGAACUCUCAGAAGGGGAAAAAUUAGGAACAAGUAAUAGAAAAGUGUGGGUGAAGAAAUGCCUGGAUAGCCUUGGGAUUCCCUGUAAUCUGGAUGAUGUGCCCAAUAUCGCCAUCCUGGGAGCUGGUGGAGGUCUGCGUGCCAUGAUCGCCCUUCAUGGAACCCUGCAGGAGCUACAAAAACAUGGUCUCUUGGACACCAUCAUGUACUUGUGUGGGGUCUCAGGUUCAACUUGGUGUAUGUCAUAUCUCUACAAAAGUGGGGACUGGACAGAGAAAUUGCAGGCCUUGGAGGAAAGUAUGUGUGCUAGACUUUCCAAAUACACCUGGAGUGUCCCAAAGGCAACAAAAAUGCUUCUCGAGGCAGCUAAAGAUGAAAAUUACUCCCUGACUGAGUUCUGGGCCUACACUGUGGUCUAUGGAAUGUUACAUGAUCUGGAUAAGGGACAUUUGUCUGAGCAGCAGAGUUCUUCUGAGAAUGGAAAUAACCCCUACCCCAUCUAUGCAGCAGUGGAUGAGCGAAGUUUUUCCAAAGUAACUGAAUACUCUCCAGCAACCUGGUUUGAGUUCACCCCCCAUGAAGCCAGCUUCCUUGGCUAUGGAGCAAGUGUACCCAUGGAAUACUUUGGAAGUGAAUACAAGAAUGGGGAGCUAAAGAAGCAGAAAGAAGAGAAAAACAUGAGUUACCUACAAGGUUUGUGGGGAAGUGCCAUUGGCAGCAAAACAGAAAAUGAAAGAGUCAUAAAAGAUAUAUUCUUUGGCUUUUUUAAGGGAGAAAAAGAAUCAUAUUCACCAUCUAAAGAAGGUUGUCCGGAAGAAAUAGUCAAGGGAUUUCCAGUACCCACCACUGAACCUGAAGCUGUCACUCUCAGAACUCCAUCUCUUGGCUUUCUCCUCUGUGAUACCCAGACUUCAAUGAAUAUUGCAGCCUCUGAAUCUGCAACUAUAUUUUGUGAUAUGGAAGGCUCAUUGCACAGUGAGCCAGCAGGAGCUUCCCCAGGAGGCUUUUCACCAGAUACUAAGAACAAGUCAACUACUGAAAACAUUAAAGGCGGAGUAGGCUCAGUGGUGGAUUUCGCUAGAAUGUGGCAAAAAACCACUCAUGGUCUCUUGACCUGGAAAUGGGGAACGAAUAAUAACUUUCUUUACAAAUGUUCUGCUUUUGACUCUGCUGAGCUGGUAAAGGAUAAAGUCAUCUCCUUGGUAGAUGCUGGAAUAGCCAUAAACUGUGCUUUCCCUCUGGUUCUCCGCCCGGAAAGGAAAGUGAGACUGAUCCUCUCCUUUGACUAUGGUUCUUUUGAACCAUUUAAGACCCUCAAGCAAACUGCCAAAUACUGUAAGGAAAACUGCAUCCCAUUUCCUGAGAUAGACGAGAAAUUGCUCCAAGAGCCAGAUAACCCCUCCGACUGCUACAUCUUCAGAGGAGACGGUGCUCCAACCGUCAUGCACUUCCCACUUUUCAACAGAGUGAAUUGCCCAGCCUAUGUGACGGAAUGGAGAAUUAGAUUCACCAUGCUUCGCUUUCUCUACCAUGUGGGAGACAUCACCAAACUCCUUCAAUCAGCCAGACUGAAUGUAUUGAACAAUAAGGACAAGAUCCUACAAGAGAUCAAAUACAUUGUGGCUCACUCCAGCAAGGAGGCAAGCUCUUAAGAAGACUUUUUCAUCUCUGCUUUGCAUACGUUAAAGCCACCCAGUUGAUUUUGCGAACUACAGAAUUGUCAUUUGGCUGGAAAAUGUCAUCAUUUGGAAUCACAGGGGGGAGGGGUCCUGGAAAAUCAUGAAAUCUGUGACUUCCGUGACUUCCAUGAAAGACUCCCAAUUUUAACAAUUAAUCUUCUGCAGACUUUAGCGGUGGGAGCUGGUGUCUCAGCUUCUGCUGUGAAAGCACUAGUACCUAGUUCAUGAGUUAACCCUAUAACUUGACUGCACUUUACUUUAGCAAUUCUGAUUCUGCGCAUGAGUCAAAGAAAAAAUCUCUCUUGGUAUUCUUUGCUUGCUGUUUUGAAUUAUUGCUCAAUCUGUCUCUGCUCUGUGUGAUGCCAGAUGCCUUUGUCUCCUGAUGCACAAUUCAUGUUCAAUUAAUAAAGUCUAUAAAAUUGCA